UCCAGGUGGAAAUCCAGGAGGAGCUGAGACCAAACUUAACUGGGACGACUGGUGAACCCGGUUCAGGACAGGUGAAAUUCCCAGCAGGCUGCCUGGUAAAGGCCACAAGGAUCGAUUCUGAUGUGGGAAAAUACAGCGCGGGUCAUGGAUGAACACCAGCGGCUGCACCGAGGAGGUUAAACUUCAACCAGCUGAACGAUCACUGACCAAUCAGGAGUUACCAGGGAUAUUCACGCAUUCUGGAUUCAACUGUUUAUUUUUAUUUAUUUUUUUAAAGAAGCUUUUUUUUUCCUUUUUUUUUUAAUUGAUAAAAAAAUAUAUACAAUGAAAAGGAGGCAAAGCGGAGAGGAAUCAAACAAACAGCUGAUUUGAAUGAGCACCGCCGUGUCACACAAGAAGGGUAUAGCUACAGUGAAAAGGCUCCGAGAUGAAGGAGAAAUCCAAAACGGCCGCAAGGACUAGACGGGAAAAGGAGAACAGUGAGUUUUACGAACUGGCCAAAAUGUUGCCUCUACCGUCGGCCAUCACCUCUCAGCUGGACAAAGCUUCGAUCAUAAGACUGACAACGAGUUACCUGAAGAUGAGAAUUGUUUUCCCUCAGGGUCUGGGUGAAGCUUGGGGUCACGCAAGUCGAACAAGAUCUUUGGACAAUAUUGGACGAGAGCUGGGAUCUCAUUUGCUGCAGACGUUGGACGGAUUCAUCUUUGUUGUGGCUCCGGAUGGGAAGAUAAUGUACAUUUCAGAGACGGCGUCGGUCCAUUUGGGACUGUCUCAGGUAGAGUUGACUGGGAACAGUAUUUAUGAAUAUGUCCAUCCUGCCGACCACGACGAGAUGACAGCUGUCCUGACACCACAUCAGCCCUAUCACUCACACUUUGUCCAAGAAUAUGAGGUGGAGCGUUCUUUCUUUCUGCGGAUGAAAUGUGUGCUGGCAAAAAGAAACGCAGGCCUCACCAGCGGCGGAUACAAGGUGAUCCACUGCAGUGGCUACCUGAAGAUCCGUCAGUACAGUUUGGACAUGUCACCUUUUGAGGGCUGCUACCAGAACGUGGGCUUGGUGGCUGUGGGACACUCUCUGCCACCCAGCGCCGUGACUGAGAUCAAACUGCACAGUAACAUGUUUAUGUUCAGAGCCAGUCUGGACAUGAAGCUCAUCUUCCUGGACUCCAGGGUAGCAGAGCUGACAGGUUACGAGCCCCAGGACCUGAUAGAGAAAACUCUUUACCAUCACGUCCACAGCUGUGACAUCUUCCACCUCCGCUGUGCUCACCACCUCUUGCUGGUAAAAGGCCAAGUCACCACUAAGUAUUAUCGUUUCCUGGCCAAGCAUGGUGGCUGGGUCUGGGUCCAGAGUUACGCCACAAUUGUCCACAACAGCCGAUCCUCGAGACCUCACUGCAUCGUCAGCGUCAACUACGUCCUCACGGACACAGAGUAUAAGGGAAUGCAGCUGUCCCUGGACCAAAUGAGCCCCACCAAGCCAGCCUUCCCCUACACCGACAGUCACACUGAGGACAGGAAGAGCACUAAGUCACGUCUGACCCAGGCCAAGGCCAAGGCCAGAGUCUCACCCUACCCACAGCAGUUUUCCGCUUUCAAUCCAGAGCGUUCAGAGUCAGACCAAGACAGCCAAUGGGGAGGAAGCCCUCUGACAGACUCAGCAUCUCCUCAGCUGCUGGAUCCCGGUGAGGCUGCAGAGGCAUCUUGUGCCUACCGACUGUAUCCAGACUCUGGCUCCCUGUGCUACAGCCUUGGUCUAUCCGAAGAAGAUCUCGCCCAUGCCCAGGCACAUCCUCACACCACCACCUGUGAUCGCGUCCGGUGCCAGAGCGGCCGCUACUUCCUAGGAACCCCCCAGUCGGGAAGAGAGGUGUGGUGGGACGCCACGCGCUCCGUGCUCUCGCUGCCGAAAUCCUCGGUGGAGAACAGCGAAGGCUACGAAAUCACAUCCUACCAUGGAGCCAUUCACGGACGGGGCCACUGGGAUGAAGACAGUGUAGUGAGUUCACCCGACGGAGGCGGGUCCACCAGUGAUUCAGGAGAGCGUUAUCACGGCGACCACUUCCGGGCAAGCCCUCGAGAGCCGAGCAAGAUGGAGACCCUGAUUCGUGCCACGCAGCAGAUGAUCAAAGAGGAAGAGAGCCGUCUGCAGCACAAGGCGCCGCUGGAUGUCUCAGGGCUCACCAAGGCUCACAGCCCGUGCUUCAACUCGCUACCCCACCACUCACAGCUCACCAUGCCCAGCGUGGUGUGUCGAGGCCCGGGGGCCCCCAGCAUUGACCUCCCCUCCGAACGCCUCCAUCACCGGGACGGCAUCAAAGUGCUGGGCCCCCAUGACAACGACGAAAACACAACCAGUCCUGCUUCUUUGUCUCGUCUCAGCAGCCCCAGCUCUGAUGGGAUCCCCAGGUCGGGCCUCUCUCUCACCAAAGACUACAUGCAGACGGAUCUGUCCCCCCACCCUUCACAGCCCCAGGGGAGCCCGCUGCUCUAUCCAACCCAGGAGAGGCAGCAACUGGACAGGCAAGCAGCCUAUGCUUUGACUGGGUACUCCCUGGAGCACCUCUACGACCCGGAGAACCUGCGGAGUUACUCGGGACUGGCCUGCGGAGGAGUCCAGUAUGAUGUGGCGUCUCAUGUGAGGAUGCAGGCUGAGCAGAUGCAGGGACACAAGGCCACCUCAGUUAUCAUAACCAACGGGAGCUGACGAUAUCUGGUGCAGACAGAUCCUGUUCUCUAAAUGAGGAUGUUACAGUAUAAGGUGGUGCUGUAUGCACAUGCAACACUGGCCAGGUGCUUGAUGGGAAAGGCGAGACAAUGAAAAAAGAAUGAAAGGUACCUGCACAGGGUUGAUGUGCUCUCUCUGGCUCAUCCAGCACAAUUCUUGUCCGUCAGGCCUGUGUAUCAUAACACUCUCUUUCUCUAUCAUCACAGGACGAUUUUCCAAGACACUAAAGGACUAACACUCAGUACACCACCCAGCACAGGGCGGAGGUUUUCUCCAUUACAUAGGAAUACAGUGUUAUUUUAAUGUCAGUGAGCUGAAUUCCCCUCCCUGCAAAGGCGACCCAAGUUUUGAGUCUGGUUAAACAUCAAACCAGUGUUUCUGUUCCAAACGUCUUACGCAUCAUUGGCCAUGUGAGUUAAUCUGUCCUGGACACGAUUUCCAAAGGCAGUAAGAAAAUGUGUUGUUCCACUGCCCCUUCACCUGAAAACUCCAUUGCACAGAGCAUAAUGUUUGACACAUGAAGUGCAACAUGGGAAAGGCGAGCAAUUCGCUAUUGUAAGAUGUCAAUGUUUCCUGGUAUUUAUUUGUCAGUGGGAUAUUUUCUGUAUGUGUCAUUUCUUUCUGUCCAAGUAGAAACUUUACUGGUGGCAUUAAAUUAGUUUUGGUGUUUGGAUUGCACCAACAUUAGAUAAAAAAAAAAAAAAAUCAAGUGGAAAAAACAGAAAGAAAAAAAUAUAUCUGAUAUGUAAAAGUGUAAAAUAUGCAGGUCAACUUUAAACUCUUUUAAUGUGUGUGUGACAUGGCCUCACUUAGAGCGCAAAGAGAGAUUACAAAACUCAUUUGCAAUCUUCCCAUGGCCUCUAAAUAUAGGCAUUGUAUGUAUCGACUUACAGUUGUGGCUGAAAUGAUAUUGUUUACAUAUCAGAGUAUAAUUUUUCCUGUUUUUACCUCACCUAACCUUUACCCAACAUAUUAGCAUAUGUAGAGUAUGCUUUAACACCCUUAAAUUCUGCUCCACAUGCAAAGAAAACUAUUUGUUUUUUAUCUUGUUUUGUCAUGACAGCGUAAAGGGUUAAAAUGAUUGAUACCAACUUAUCUAAAAUAUGUUGAAUGUUUUUAGUUUCUUAUUUAAUUUAUGAUGUAAAUAUCAUCACUCAAUGAACUUUUGGACAAGAAGUGACAAGAUUAUUUAUUAGUUGGUUAAAAAGUCUCUUAAAUCUGAAUACAGUCGAAAAUGAAUAACUUUUGUCUGUGUUG